CAAUCCGUCACAACCUGUCUCUGCACAGCAAGUUCAUCAGAGUGCAGAAUGAGGGAACAGGGAAGAGUUCCUGGUGGAUGCUCAAUCCUGAAGGAGGAAAGAGUGGCAAAUCUCCUAGGAGGCGGGCGGCAUCCAUGGAUAACAACAGCAAGUUUGCCAAAAGCAGAGGAAGAGCUGCCAAGAAAAAAGCAUCCCUUCAGUCUGGUCAAGAGGGAAAUAGUGACAGCCCUGGAUCGCAGUUCUCGAAGUGGCCUGCAAGCCCCAGCUCUCACAGUAACGAUGACUUUGAUAACUGGAGUACAUUUCGACCUAGAACUAGCUCUAACGCUAGUACGAUUAGCGGAAGACUUUCUCCUAUUUUGCCAGAGCAAGAUGAUCUUGGAGAUGGGGAUGUGCACUCCAUGGUAUAUCCAUCAUCAGCCACCAAAAUGACUUCUACUCUACCCAGCCUUUCAGAGAUGAGUAAUUCUGAGAACAUGGAAAAUCUUUUGGAUAACCUUAAUCUCUUGUCACCUAAUACAUCAAUGACUGUGUCAACUCAGUCUUCAUCUGCUACCCUGAUGCAGCAAACACCCGGUUACUCAUUUGCAUCCUCAACUACAAGUAUAGGUUCACCAAAUCCAGACUACAGGAAAUUUACAUAUGCUCAAGCUAGCAUGAACUCUUUGCCCCAGAUUCCUAUGCAGACUCUUCAAGACAGUAAAUCAAGCUAUGGAUCGAUGAGCCAAUAUAACUGUCCCGCAGGACUUCUGAAGGAGUUACUGACUUCUGAUUCUCCACCGCACAAUGAUAUCUUGGCAUCAGUGGACACUGGUGUUUCCCAGGCUGGUGGCAGGGCGCUGGGCCAAAGUGUGCUGAUGGUCGCUAACUCGGUGAUGCCAACUUACGGCAGUCAACCGCCCCACAACAAAAUGAUGAACCCUAAUGCCCGCCCUCACCAAGGACAUAACCAGCCAACAUCUGCAGUUAAUGGUCGUGCCUUGUCACACACAGUGAACACCAUGUCACACACAUCAGGUCUAAAUCGCCUGUCGACAGUGAAGACUUCGUUACAAGUGCCUAUGAGUCACCCAAUGCAGAUGAAUGCUAUGAACCCGUACGCCCCUGUUAACAGUUGCAAUGGCUACGGAAGGGUGGGAAUUGUUUCCCUUCACCAGGAGAAGCUUCCCAGUGACUUAGAUGACAUGCUAAUUGAACGGUUGGACUGUGACAUGGAGUCAAUUAUCCGUAAUGACCUUAUGGAUGGAGAAACGUUAGAUUUUAACUUUGACAGUGUAUUGCCUAACCAAAGUUUUCAGCACAGCGUAAAGACAACCACACACAGUUGGGUGUCAGGCUAGGAUGUAGUAGGAGGCUACGGUUAUAUUCUCCAGACUUGUCUGACAGCAGGAACUGAGAAAAGCAGUACAAAGAUGUCCUUCACCUUCCUUUUUAAUUUUCUUGACAAAGCUGUGCGCAUGCACUAGCUUUUUUUGGGGUCUUUUUUUUUUUUUCCUUUUUUCUUCCUUUCGUCAGAGUUGGCAGCAGACAGAGUAUUUUCCUGUACAGGAUGUUUGCCCAAGGUUUGCAGGUUAUGUGCUGCUGUAGAUAAGAACUGUGCAAUUGGAAAUUUCAUUACUCUGAAGUGCCAAAUUCACUACACCAUAUAAUCACAGCAAAGACUCUUACUUACAUCAUGUUGUGCUUUCGGUUUUGUACAGUAUGAUCUGUAGAAGAAUUGUUUUUUAAGACUAUCUGUUUUGGUCCAAGAAAAGUUUAUAAACUUUUGUAAGAAUACUGUGAUGAUCUCAUGCCCUAAAUAAGUUUAACCUUCGUUGAUGUUACCUGUGUUUUGAUGAAUUGAGAUAACUGUGGACUUGCCUUGCAGCAGUAUGAACUGCAUUGUUUUACUCAAAAUUGCCACACAUUUCAUAUGGGAACAGAAUAGCCUGUUAAAUAUGAUCCUACUAAACUCACUGACUAUUCAAAGCAAACAGUAGGUUAAAUGCCAUUUGAUAAGUUACCUGUAAUCAUGAAAUUUAUGCAAGAAUAUAUCUGGAUUUCAUUGUCAGACUAAUGACUUUACUGUUGGACUUGAGAUAAUUUUUGGAAUACUUUCCAAGCUAUUUUUCUUAUAAUUAAAGUCUACUUUUGUUACAUAGGCAACUUAAAAAAAAAAAAAUCUGAGAUCUGGCAGCAUUCAUAAUCUCUUCAUUUUGUACAGUAUUUUAACUGGAUUAAGUACAUGUUUUUAUAAAUUUCCCUAGCACUUGGGAGUGCUAAUAAAGGAAAAGCUUAAUAAGGAUCUUGAAUACAAAACAUUUCUGUCCCUUUUUUUGUUGUGUGAUGUAUAAAUAUAGACAACUUUAUGUUUAGGAAAUAUUUAAUCAGUUUUAUAUAUGCAUUUUUAGAAAUGUCAUCUGCUUCUACUAUCAUUUAAACCCUGACUACCACAAAGUGUUAAGUAUUCAUUGUUAGAUGCUUGUACAAUGCUUCACAUUUAUAUUUAUUUCAUGGAGGUCUCAUAAUGUUUGUGCCCUCAAGAGCAGGACCUUAUGGAUAAAAUUCAUAAUUUUGAUAAAAAGUGACAAAAUUAUCAUUUACAUUAAUUAGCAGUAGUUUUAGGGUUUGUCAGUGUUUCUGUUGUAAUGCAGUACCUUUGAAGAGGCGGAAGUGCUGCUUUUGAAUGGGAGGCUAAAACUUGUGUGAUGACCUAUUGCAGGACAAAACAUUACUUUUUUUUGAAGUAAGAAAGAUUAAGAAGUGGCAAAGUUAUACAAAUAUAUGAGAUGUAGGGUAGGGAAGAACAUCAGUGACAGAGGCCUUGUUCCCGUGGAAAAACUUGCUCUUGUUGGAGUAGGCACACUGACAGCUACCUGAGUGUUUUCAGGAUUGGGUCUUGGAUAAACGAUUUCUGAUUUUCCAUAAUCACAUGAAGUGUUUUUUAUGGAUAUGUGGAUAACAGACCUCACCUAUCUUUUCACUGAUUGCUACAUAUCAUUUGUGUUACAGAAAUCCUUGGAGCUUUUUUAUGCACUGACAGGAUGAACAGCUUUUGUUCUAGGGCUGGCUGUUGUGCAGAAGGGGAGAAAUAAAUGUUUUUCCACUUAUUUUUCUUUUGUCUACAUAGCCCACAACUGGAAAAUGUUUUAACUGAAACUUAUCUUCACUGUAGUGAUGGCAUAUGUUGGAGAAAGAAAUGGGAUAUGCUAAGAAAAUGAAGUUUAGCAACAGGCCAUAUAUUUAAUGAUCCUAUUAUGGCUUUCCUAAGGCUCUGCAAUGUGUUUAUUGAUGUGCUAGCAUUUAGCUCCCUGUUGGGCUUAAAUCACUACUAAUUACAGCUGGUCCUACUUUUUUAGAUAUCCUAUUACAGUUGUCAGCAGUUCCAGGGGCUGAUGUUAAGCUGUCCGGUGAUACAGGAUCUCCCCCAGCGUGAAAUCAGUCUUUGAAUUUCUGUUGAGCAAAAUGAAAUGUUCCUAGUGCUGAAGCCUCAACGAAACCGCCUGCUUUUACAGGCAAAUAUGUCUAGUAGCAUCUUCACCAUCAAAUUCAUAGUCCCUGAAAUGAUUUACACUCCCAGGUAAAUCCUGACAGUGGAGCAAGCGAAAGGCUCACGUAUGGGUUUCCAAAGAUAUUUCUUUCUGCUGAGUGUGCAAAAAUGUUUGCUUCCAAAUGGGCACUGAUAUUCAUAGGCCAAAGUAGUCAUAAAAUUCACCUCUGCAUGCAGAGAAAGCAGUACUUACAGCUAUACUCCAUGGGGUUGCAGCUGAACAUGUUACAUGUAACAAUAUACCUCCUGUUUAUUAUUCACUGCUACUGUAUAACUUCCUGUAUACAGAUAUUUUCUUCAUUUCCUUUUAUAACUAUGAAAAACAUAAAUGUAGCCGUUCCUUAAUUACAACAGUCCGUAGGAAGCUGCUUUUAAUUAUUAUGAGAAAACAGUUGUAGAUAAUCAGAGGUUUGGGCUGUGUGGUCAGAUUUUUUUUUUUUUUGUGGUGCCAUUCUAAUACUUUGCAAUUGUAAUUCUGGAAUACUGUGAAGUCUGGUGAAGGGGCAUGUUGUCUGCCUUGAAAACAAACAUUAUGUGACCUCUAGUAAUAAAUCCUUUUUUAGUAAAAAUACCAAGUUUCUAGAGUAACUUAGUUUGUCAGAAUUGUUGUAAAUGAUUGGUUUGUGAAUUGUGCAGAUGAUCUUACCUAUGCAGCCUUGGUUUUGACUUUUCUCUGGUUUGUACUGUUAUUAAAAGUUUAUUGUAUUAUAGAGCUGUUCAGAUAUUUUAAAUAUAAAGAUGUAUUGUUUCCAUAAUAUAGCUAUAUGAUAUAUGUUUAGGUAGUAGAUGCAUUAAUUGGAAAGCUCUGCUUUGAUAAACUGACAAUUUGCCUACAUUUAUAAGCAAAAGUCAUAUUGCUUAUCAUUGGCUUAAGUCAACAGAGCAUCCCUAAGAAGACAAGUUAAAAUUGGACCAAUUAUAAAACAGUAUAAAAUUUGCACUUGUUAAACCACUGGAUGUAUGUUAGUACUUUUCUAUUUUUUUACUGAUUUGAAAUUCCUAUUUUCAUUAUGAAAUUGCUAGGAUCCUUAAUUUAUGACUGAUUUUAAAUAUGGUAUUCUCAUUAUUAUUAUUAUUUUGGUAAUCACAAUGUAAAAUGCAGCAUGGUUUAUGCAAGCAAAAAGCAAAUUACUUGGCAUUAAAACUGGCCUCCUUUUUGAGGGUGUUCCACAAACCAGCAAUAUCGUGAGAGAUUGGCAUGUACAUACUGCUAGUUCUACUUGCGAGUGGUGUGACAGCUCUUCAACGCUUCACUGCUCUGACUUAGUCACAUUGCAGAAUUAAAAUUCAUACGUGGAUAUUUUCAGAAAAAGUGCCUGAUGUACUUCUACAGACACACGAGAACAAUCCCUGACAGUUUGUUGUAUAAAGCCAUAAAUGUAUAUAAAUUAUGUUUAAAAGGU